GCGUAGUGGCGCCCAGGGCGCUGAGGGACCGGAGGAGAAGCGCCGCGCCCGCCCGCUCGCCUGCCCGGUCUCCCUCCGCGGAAGGAGGCAGCGGCGCUUCAGCCUAUGCAGAAGAAAUACCAUGGUUGCUGAUACUGCUGAGACAUCAAGGAGCAUCACCCCCGCCUUCUCUCCACCAAAGAAGAUGGACAAGCACAAAUGCUUCGUUAAUUAAGAUUGUUAGUAAAUGUAUAUCAAGCAGGCAGCCAAGAAUGAAGAAAGCAAGCCGGAAUAUUAGUUCGGUGCCCAAAGUGCCUGGAAUAACUAAAAUGCAAACAGUAGAGAAAGUUAAAACAGAGACCAGUUCCACAACGUCUGCAGUAACAAAACUUCCAAAAGCAGGAACAGCAGCCUCUUUCCUGAAGACAAAGAGCAACGAUGAUCUUCUAGCUGGAAUGGCUGGAGGGAUGAACGUCAGCAACGGUGUCAAGGGGGGGAAGAAGAACGUUUCUACCUCAACAGGCCCUUCUGCUGCAGGGAACACCACCAUGAAUCCUGUGGAGAGCAAAUCAAAGUCCACUGCAGGUACAAAUUCUUCAGCUAAGCGUAGCACUUCAUCUGGAAAUAAGGAAUCCAGCUCUUCUCGGGAAAGAAUUCGUGACCGUUCGCGACCAACUCAAAGCAAAAAACUGCCCCUGACUAGUCAGACGAGCAGUGAUGUCCUUCUUGCAAAACGUUCCCGCAGCCGUGCCAGUCAGGAUUCUGAUGUUCGCAUGAGCAAGUCAAAGUCAGACAAUCAGAUCAGUGAUAAAUCUGUUCUAGAGGCGAAAGUGAAAGAUCUCCUGAUGCUAGCCAAAACAAAAGACGUUGAGAUCCUCCACUUAAGGAGUGAACUAAGAGAGAUGCGUGCUCAGCUGGGCCUUCAGGAAGAUCCGUUUGAGGGUGAUGAAAAAUCUGAGGAUAAAGAAACAAUUGUGAUCCACCAGCCGACUGAUGUAGAAUCCACGCUGCUGCAUUUGCAAGAGCAAAACUCUGCCAUACGAGAGGAGCUGAAUCAGCUAAAAAAUGAAAACCGGAUGUUAAAAGAUAGAUUAAAUGCCUUGGGUUUUUCUCUAGAGCAAAGGUUGGAUAAUUCAGAAAAGCUGUUUGGCUACCAAUCUCUGAGCCCAGAAAUAACAACUGGAAGCCACAGCGAUGGUGGAGGAACUCUUACUUCUUCUGUAGAAGGUUCCGCUCCUGGUUCCAUGGAAGAUCUUUUAAGUCAGGACGAGAAUACUUUGAUGGACCAUCAGCACAGCAACUCCAUGGAUAACCUAGACAGUGAGUGCAGUGAAGUGUAUCAGCCGCUCACUUCCAGUGACGAUGCUUUAGAUGCUCCCUCGUCUUCAGAGUCGGAAGGAUUGCCAAGCAUAGAGACCUCAAGAAAAGGGAGCAGUGGCAAUGCCAGCGAAGUGUCCGUGGCUUGUUUGACAGAACGGAUUCAUCAGAUGGAAGAGAAUCAGCACAGCACAGCAGAAGAACUUCAAGCAACUCUUCAGGAACUUGCAGAUUUGCAGCAAAUUACCCAGGAGUUGAACAGUGAGAAUGAAAGGCUUGGAGAGGAAAAGGUUAUCCUCAUGGAAUCUUUGUGCCAGCAAAGUGAUAAGUUGGAACACUUUAGCCGACAAAUCGAGUAUUUCCGCUCUCUUUUAGAGGAGCAUCAUAUAUCCUAUGUUAUUGAUGAAGACAUGAAAAGUGGACGCUACAUGGAGCUAGAGCAACGUUUUAUGGACCUUGCAGAGAAUGCACGUUUUGAAAGAGAGCAGCUUCUGGGUGUCCAGCAGCAUCUGAGCAACACUUUGAAGAUGGCUGAACAAGACAAUAAGGAAGCCCAAGAGAUGAUCGGGGCAUUGAAGGAACGGAAUCACCACAUGGAGCGAAUUCUUGACUCAGAGCAGAAAAGCAAGGCCACUCUGGCAGCUACCUUGGAUGAGUACAAAGCUACUGUCUCCAGUGACCAAAUUGAGAUGAACCGGUUAAAAGCACAGCUAGAACACGAGAGGCAGAAAGUUGCUGAGCUCUAUUCUAUACACAAAUCGGGUGAUAAGUCAGACAUCCAGGACUUGCUAGAGAGCGUCAGGCUUGACAAAGAGAAAGCAGAGAUGAUAGCCAGCAACUUACAGGAAGAGCUUGCUCGGACACGUAACGAUGCCAAUCGUCUCCAAGAUGCCAUUGCAAAGAUAGAGGAUGAGUACAGAGCUUUCCGAGAAGAAGCCAAAAAGCAAAUUGAGGAUCUGAACAUCACCUUAGAGAAAAUACGCACAGAUUUGGAGGAGAAGGAGACAGAAAGGAGUGACAUGAAAGAAACCAUAUUUGAACUGGAGGACGAAGUGGAGCAGCAUCGAGCAGUGAAACUCCACGACAACCUCAUCAUCACUGACUUGGAGAACACAGUUAAGAAGCUUCAGGAUCAAAAGCAUGACAUGGAAAGAGAGAUCAAGACCCUGCACAGGCGGCUGAGGGAAGAGUCUGCAGAAUGGCGCCAGUUUCAAGCAGACUUGCAGACUGCGGUGGUCAUUGCUAAUGACAUCAAAUCUGAAGCCCAGGAGGAAAUUGGAGACUUGAAGCGCAGGCUGCAUGAAGCUCAAGAAAAGAAUGAAAAGCUCACCAAAGAGCUCGAGGAAAUAAAGUCACGCAAGCAAGAAGAGGAGCGUGGCCGAGUUUAUAACUACAUGAAUGCUGUGGAAAGAGAUUUGGCAGCCCUGCGGCAAGGCAUGGGGCUGAGCCGGAGGUCCUCCACUUCUUCGGAACCAACCCCCACAGUCAAAACACUCAUCAAGUCCUUUGAUAGCGCCUCACAAGUUAUAUAUGCUACAGAAAGGAACCAGAAAGGAACCAGUCGCACUUCGGGCCAAAUCAUAUGGGACAAUGCAUCAUCAGACUUUUCUGUUGCCUACAAAGAAAAUCUACACUCCGUCCUUUGGGUUCCUGGUCCUGCUGGAGCUACAAUCCCCCGAACUCCACUGAGCCCAAGUCCUUUGAAAACCCCUCCGGCAGCUGCCGUCUCCCCAAUGCAGAGACACUCCAUCAGUGGACCAAUAUCUGCUCCUAAGGCGCUUGCAACGUUAUCAGACAAAAGGUCCAGCUAUGCGGAAAUUCCAGUUCAAGAUCAUUUGCUGAGAACUUCUUCUACCAGCAGACCAGCUUCUCUGCCAAGAGUUCCUGCUAUGGAAAGUGCUAAAUCGCUCUCUGUGUCUCGCCGAAGCAGUGAAGAAAUCAAACGGGAGAUGACUGCUCCCGAUGGAACAUCUCCAGCCUCCCUCGUAGCAAUUGGGACUGCUUCGCCACAACUGUCGCUCUCAUCUUCACCAACAGCAUCGGUCACUCCUACAACACGGAGUCGAAUAAGAGAGGAGAGGAAAGACCCUCUGUCUGCCCUGGCGAGGGAGUACGGGGGCUCCAAGAGAAACGCUCUGCUGAAGUGGUGCCAGAAGAAGACAGAGGGCUAUGAGAAUAUCGAUAUCACCAACUUCAGCAGCAGCUGGAACGAUGGCUUGGCGUUCUGUGCCGUCCUCCAUACGUACCUCCCGGCACACAUUCCCUACCAGGAGCUGAACAGUCAGGACAAGAGAAGAAACUUCACACUGGCUUUCCAGGCCGCUGAGAGUGUUGGCAUCAAAUCCACUUUGGAUAUUAAUGAAAUGGUACGAACGGAGCGUCCAGACUGGCAGAAUGUUAUGCUGUACGUCACAGCAAUUUACAAAUACUUUGAAACCUGAGAACAGGAAUAGUGGAGAGAAGCAGAAACUCAAGACUGUACCCUAAAACCAACUGGCCUCUUUUGAUGGACCCCUCUGGUCAGUUUAGUUACCAGAAUGAUUGGGCAAACUCAACAUUAAGUGUUAACGAAGAUUUCGUCCUUUCUUGCCAGAGACUAAACUGAAUAUAAGCUGCAAAAAGCACAAGGCUAAAGAAGGUCAUCUGAUUGUAUCACAAAGACUUUCUUUAAAAAGUGUUCCUAAAGGUUCAGUAAAUAUUACUUUUGUGACACCCCAGUGCUCCCCAGAGCAGAAGAAGCGGCUUCUUGUAACCUCAUCAAAGCCAUUUGAGAUCAUCUCCGUCUCUUCAGUAAAAGAAGUGCAAAGGUGCCUUCUCCUUGCCACAUUCACCUGACUGCAGGUGCUGUCCCACCAGGGCUGUGCGCAGCCAAGGAGUCCGUGUCUUAAGGCUGCCUCUUCCGAGGUUCGAUUGUAAUAAAGGCCCUGCCUCAAUUAAAGGGAGGGAUCUGGGAGAGCAGGCAAAUCAGCCCCAGAUUCCAGGAGACAACCAUAUGGAGAUCAGUUGACUUUUCCUUGGGAAGAACUAACUUCUUUCUUGGCUUUUCUUUUUGGUGGUGCUCCGGAUAAGUUUGUUUCAGAUGAAGAGAAUGUUUGGGUCACAGGACAGGAUAAGCUUUUCAAAAACUGGUCAAGAUAAAGUUCUUGCCCCUGUGGGGUCUGCAAGUGGCUUUGCUUAACUGCUGCUCCUGUAUAUGGGUUGAAGGAAAAGCGGCUUCUGGGGCUCUCCCUGUGCAGCUCUGCAGGCUGUUGGAUUAAAACUGGUUUAAUAGGUGAUCAGGAGACGGAAGAAAGACUUUGGAUCUCCGCCUGGGGCUUUCAGUCAACCUGGCCCAACCCUGUGGGGGGAGGCGAGUGCCCCACCUGACCCUGGGGAGAGCAGCAGCAGCCUCCAGGACCAGGGAGCUCCAGGGAGUGUCUAGUGCCCCCCCCCUUCCCCGGGAGGCCUUGGCAAAGAGGCAGUGCUAGGAUUUGCUGCUGGGCAAUGAAAUAAGGGAUUUCCCCCCUUCCAUGGAGGGGCCAAGUGUCAAUCUGCUCACGCCAGAGGGAAAACCCGUUGCCUUUUGAAUACAGGUCUGUUACCUUUGUUUGCAAAUGUACUUUGCUUUUCCCACUUAACAUAAUUUUGCAUUCUUCGAUGUGCCUGGCAAAGGACUUUGAAUGUUGCCGGUUUGUGAGCUGUUGAGAAUAUAAUCCAGUUCCACAAUUUAGCCUCGAAAACGCUCUGGACAGGCAUUGAAACCAGACUAGGUCUUGCAACUAGUCAGAAUGAACUCUGAAGAAUGUAGCCAAAAAGUUUUCUUGUGCCUCAUGUAUGUCAUUCACAGCGCGAAAACAUUUUACAAACUGCUCUCGUCUCUAAGCUGCCUAGUGGGUUCCCCACUCCAGUGCUCGAUGUCUGUUUCUGGUUUUCCUGAAGGAGCCUGCAAAUACCAACAAAUUUACCUUGGGAUUCCUUCCGUGGAGAUUCGCAUUGGAGGAAAUACAUGGGGAACCUGCUCUACGCCUCUCAGCAUUCUUCUGUUUGUCUUAAAAGGAGCCUUUGCACCAAACGGUGCCCUGGCCAUCCCUGGACUCUCUGGAGGUGGUGGUGGAAGGAAGGCGGCCUUCGUCUCUUCUUCCAGAGUCUAAAUUAUGAGGCCUUGUGUCCUGCAUCCGUCCUGUCCCCCCCCUCCCCACAAUUGUAUUGCAUCCUAUAGGACAAUGAUGGCUAACCUUUUUGCCAUUGUGUGCCAAAAGUGGGGGGAGUGUAGGAGGGUCGCGUGUGCGCGUGCCCACACCCAUAAUUCUAUGCCACCCACCCCCCUGUGCUUGUGCCCGCUCACCCCGCUUUUGGCACAUGAUGGCACAGUGGGCCCGGUAGGUCCGUUUUUCGCUCUCCCCAGGCUUCAGAGCCUUUCUAGGAGUCUGGGGAGGGCAGAAAAGGCCUUUCCCACCCCCCACCCCCGGAUGUCUUCCAGAGGCCAGAAACAGUCUGUUUCCUGACUUCCGGUGGGCCCCGAAAAUCAGCUGGCCAGCGCACGCAUGCACGCCAGAGCUGAGCUUGCGUGCCCACUGAUAUGGCUCCGCGUGCCACCUGUGGCACACGUGCCAUAGGUUCGCCAUCACGGCUAUAGGAAGACAUAUAUUUUUCUUCUAAGCAGAUGGCAACUCAUUGUAGCCCAGCAACAGCGAGGUGAGUUUUAUACAGGAAUCACUCCAGGAGUUCUUGCUCUGGCCUUCAAGGGAGGGAAGGAGGUCUCGGUGAAAGGGAGAUGUGCAAAGAAGCAAAGCCUGGAGAAUGAAAGGCAUAGAGAGCAGGGGAAGAAAGCGUCUGACUUGCUUUCUGGCAGUGACGAUCUGUAACUUUUGAUAAAGAUGGGAUUAUAUUAAGAUCUCACCAAAAAAUUAUUUUAUCAAGGAAAGCACUCAAAAGGGUGAAAGAAAUCUAAAGAAGUUCUUACUCUACAAUAGAAGAAUGUUUAACAGGGAAGUUCUUUGUUAGAUUCUUUAAAUAUUCUUGAAUUCUUUAGCCAUCUUCUAAAAACCAACUAAUUUAUGUAAAGAUAUAUUCUUGUUACUUUUGUCUUAUUAAAUAUUUUGAAUAUGCGAUAAAAAGGCUGCUCUGCUCAAUGUUUCUAUGUUUCAGUAAAUGCUCCUGUAGGUACCUGUA